AUGAUUGCUUGCAGCUUUGGAAUCGUGCUUCUUGAGUUGCUGAGUGGAAAAUCUCCCCAAGUUGACACAAAAACACAUAUAAGCAAAUGGGCAAUGAAGAGGGUGGAGGCGUAUAAUCUAGAGGAGUUGCGGGACAGCAAGAUGCCAGCGGCCAGUGAGGAGGCGAUAGUGGACUUUGCAGACCUGGCUCUGGACUGCAUCAAGUCUCCCGGCACACGGCGACCCACCAUGAAGGAUGUGGCAUACCGCCUCAGUGCCCUCAUUGAAAAGCACUGCCCCGACAGGGAGGAUGAGUGGGAGAGUAUUGCGAGAGAAGAGAGUGCAAGCGACGAGGGUGUGUCUUCAAGGGAUGUUUCUGCUGUUUCGUUUGGAGAUGGUGGGAGUGGCUCACAGUCUGGUGUGAGCUCGUUUGUGCGUGUUAGCUCGAUAGGUGAUGGCCUCCGGAGUUGGCUGCAAUUGAAGCCAACCAAAGGGCGCUGA